AUGAUCGCCAGACAAGCCUUGAGAGCGGCUACACGCUCAACACGCGCACUCGGUGCAAUCAACAGAGCUGCUCCAGCUGUAGCCCAGCGCAGUGGAUUCCCAUCAGCUACCCGCGGCUACAAGGACAUCACCUUCGCUAAGGAAGGUGGCAGCGAGAGAGUCUACGAGCGCAGCGACUUUGGCGGUAACAGACUGCAUGAAAUCCUCGGCAAUGAGACCCUCGCUAUGGUCGGUUACGGCUCCCAAGGACACGGCCAAGCCCUCAACGCCAGAGACCAAGGCAUCAACGUCAUUGUUGGUGUGCGUAAGGAUGGCCAGUCGUGGAAGGAGGCCAUGGAAGACGGUUUCGUCCCUGGCCAGUCUCUCUUCCCUAUCGAAGAAGCGAUCGACAGGGGCACUAUCAUCAUGAACUUGCUCUCAGACGCCGCUCAAUCUCAGACGUGGAAGGAUAUCGCCCCUCUCAUCAAGCCAGGCAAGACGCUCUACUUCUCCCACGGUUUCUCUGUCGUCUACAAGGAAGACACUGGUGUUGUCCCUCCUAAAGACGUAGACGUCAUCCUCGUCGCUCCAAAGGGUUCUGGUAGAACUGUUAGAACUCUCUUCAAGGAGGGCAGAGGUAUCAACUCCUCAAUUGCCGUCUUCCAAGAUGUUACUGGUAAGGCUUUCGAGAAGGCUCAAGCACUUGGUAUUGCUGUUGGCAGUGGAUACCUUUACGAGACUACAUUCGAGAAGGAGGUGUACUCUGAUCUUUACGGUGAGCGUGGUGUGUUGAUGGGUGGUAUCCAGGGUAUGUUCCUCGCGCAAUACGAGGUACUUAGAAAGAAUGGUCACUCUCCCUCCGAAGCGUUCAACGAGACAGUCGAGGAAGCUACACAAUCCCUCUUCCCUCUCAUUGGCAAGUACGGUAUGGACUACAUGUACAACGCAUGUUCCACCACUGCCCGUAGAGGUGCGCUCGACUGGGCACCUAAGUUCUACGAAGCCAACAAACCCGUCUUCGAGUCGCUCUACGAGUCUGUCAGGAACGGUACCGAGACUAGACGCUCGCUCGAGUUCAACGGCCGUGACACUUACAGACAAGACUUGCAAGCUGAGUUGGAAAUCAUCAACAACCAGGAAGUUUGGAGAGCUGGCAAGGAGGUGCGCAAACUCCGCCCUGAUUACCAAGAGUAG